AUGCACAGGAUGUCUAAAGCCGUGUUCCUCUCAGCGUUACUCUUCCUAUCUACUGUAGUCGAGAGUCGACGAGUAAAAAUCGGCAGUCCUCCACGAGGNCCUCAUCAGGUGCCUGUUCAUGCGGUUCAUCCGAAUCAACCGGCUGGCUCUCGUCCUGGCCAACCCGGCGGAGGAUAUCAUCCGAAUCAACCAAUGGGUGGUGGUGUUCAUCCUGGUCACCAAGGAUAUGGCCAUCCUGGCGGGUUUAACACAGGAACGGGUCCUGGUUCACUCUCACGAGGAAGUCAAUUCAAGACGGCUUUAGCGGCCGGUGCAUUGGGUGCACUUGGCGGCGUUGUCACCUAUGAGCUCGGCAAGGCAAUCAUCCAUUCGGCCUCACAUCCAUUCCACAUCAACGAUCGCCCGUAUUACUUCGAUGAGAAGAACUAUAAGCAGACCAAUGGACAGUUUAUGUGCUCGAUGCCUCUCGACCAAUUGAUCAAGCAAACCGCUCAAGCGUCCACAACAACCGCUGCACCACCAUCAGCAGCAGUAUCUGAAGGAGUGGACAAUGAAACGGCUACCACACAAAGCCCAACACCAACAACGCCAUCACCAGAUCAGCUGCUAUCAAAUAUUCAAUACCAAGAUGGUUCGAAACCAAAAACAAUUGUUUGGAGUUGCAAAAGUGGUACAGAGGUUUGUUGUGGUACUGAUUGUUGUGCAGCACCUCCUCAGGUUUCUACAGGUGGUAACACCAACUCGGCAGGACAAUCAUCGGGAACUUCGUAUGCUGGUAUCGCAUUCGGGUGUGUUACAUUUCAGUUUAUCUUGAGUGAUUAUUCUUUCUCGGAUGGAUUCGAGAACCUAUGCAAUAGCUUUUUCAUACAGCAUGUGGCUUAUAGACCAGAGUUUCAGGUGUAUAGAGUAUACAAAUCCUUCAUCCUAAUCAAUUUUGGUAUUUNUCAACAACAAGGUUAUCCGAGUGCACAACCGGGUGUAGGCUAUGUCCCGUCAGGACAGGGCUAUAAUUAUCCAUCGCAAGCUGGAGGUGGUCCUCAGUCGUAUCCGGCAUAUCCUCACAACUACUGA